CACACACACACACACACACACACACACACACACACACAACCUCCCCCUCUCCCCCCACACUCUUAAAAAAACUAAAUCUGAAGUUGUAGGACAUUAUAAAGAGAUACAACAUAAAGAUAAACAGCAAUAACAACAAAACAACAACAACAACAACGGCGCUUCAGUAACAUAUGAAAAAAAAUAGGUCACCACUCACACGUCUCUAACAUCCCUCACAAACAACAACAAUAACAACAAUAACAACAAUAACAACGAACCCAACAGUAACAACAACGAUUUAGUAAGAUCACACACAGGGGCAAAAAAGGGAGUCACACGGCAAACAAGGUCGAUUGCAAGUAUCAUGGCAGGUAAACACGCUUGAAGGACUUAAUAUACACACAUCUUCGUAUUCCUGGGCGUAGAUGGUGCCGGUGUGGCCUCGCGUGGCGGUGUGGUUGGCGGUGUGGCUGGCGGCUGCGGCGGUGGUGGUGGUGGCGGAAGCGGCGGCAGAGGCGGCGGCAGAGGCAAAGGCGGAGGCGAAACCAGAAGCGGAGGCGAAGGCGGAGGCGAAGGCGAUCUACCCCACGCCUUGCUACCCAGAGACCAUCUACAAGACCCACUACAUCACCCAGGUCCAGCAGAUCCCGGUCUACUCCACGAUCUACAAGCAACAGUACGUCUCCAAAACCUACUACAAGACGCAGUACCACACGCAGUACCAGACGCAGUACCAGACGCAGUACAUCCCCAAGUACAUCACGGAGACGGUGUACAAAACGGACAUCCAGUACGUCACCAACUACGAGACGCUCUACCACACCAUCUACCACACCCAGUACUCAACCCACGUCAACCUGAUCCCCAAGUACAUCACGCAGACGCAGUACCACACGCAGUACGUCACCACCAGACAGUACCAGCCCGUGUACAAGACUGUUUACAAGCCGGAGUACGUGACGAAGAACCAGGUGCUGUACCAUACGAUCUACCAGACCCAGUACGUGCCCCAGUACCACACCAUCACCAAGGCCUAUAAAACCUACAAGACGGUGUGCCCCAAGCCUGCCUACGGGUUUUAAGUCAUCACCACCGCCACCACCAACACCACCACCUAUACCACACUGACAACCAAUACCACCGCGAGGAGUAUCAACUUCACACCAUCACCACCAACACCACCACCAACACCACAUAACAACACCACCACGAAUAGGUCCUAACUUACCACCACUAACAGGAACAGCGACUAUGACAACACCACCACGAAAGGGUAUCAACACAGGAACACCACCACCAACAUCAACAACACAAACAUCAAACAACACAUCAUCUACAACACAACCAACAUCAUCACCACUGACACCACCACCACCACCACCACCACCACUCGCUUCUCCUCUCCCCCUCCCCUUCCCCCCCAGCUGCUGCAUCCUCCUUCCCUUCCCUUCCCUUCCUUUCCCACGGUCUGAUGAUAUUUUUGUAAAGCGUGCGAUCAACUUAACUUAAUAAACGGUAUG